AUGGAGAGAAGGACGAGGUUUCAAUGUGGAGGGAGUUCAGAGCCCCUCACCCUCACCUCUGCAGCCCCAGAGCAGCCGCCAGCCCCACCUGCUCAGGACUGCAUCUUGCCCAGUACACAGCUGUGCAGGUCCCAAGUCCAGAAACCUGAGCCUGCCCCAGUUUGCUCUCCGCACCUCUGCGUUCGAGGCCCCGCCCAGCCCCCUUCACAGCCCCGCUCCUCGCGCCAUUUCCUGCCGGCAGGGAAGAGGCUUGCUCGGAGUGACAGUCUCGUGAGGGACUCAGUGGCUGUUGAGGAUGUGGCUGUGGACUUUACCCAGGAAGAAUGGGCAUUGCUGGAUCUUUCGCAGAGGAAGCUCUACAGAGAUGUAAUGAUGGAAACCUUCAAAAACCUGGCCUCAGUAGUUUCUCAAAACCUUGAUGAUGGAGAAAAGCUGUCCGCUGAAAAUAUAAUAGUACAAUUCAUGAAAAAUGACACCUGGUCCUCCAUGGUAGGAGAAAUCUGCAAAUUGCAUGGCAUUGAAGAUCAGGAUGAUAACCAGAAAAUACAUGUGAGCAUGCUGCUUAUUUUUAACAGAAGGUGUAUGGUAGAGAACCUCUGUGAAAGUAACAAAGACAAUCAGUAUGGACAGACCUUCAGCCGGAUUGCAGAUCUUUCUGUGCUCAAAAGAACUCCAGUGGAAACAUAUCCUUCUGAAUGCCUUGAGUGUGGAAAAUCCUUGACGGAUCAUUCAUCACUUAAGCAUCACAUCAGCUAUCACUCAGGAUGCAGUGCCUGUGAGUGUAAGGGAUGUAGAGAAGACUGCAGUUGUCCCUCUUACCUCAACACUCCUGUGAGAACUCUUACUGGAGAGAAACCACAUGAAUGUAAGGAAUGUGGGAAAGCCUUUAGUCAGUCUUCACACCUCAUUUCACAUAUAAGAAGUCACAGUGGAGAGAGGCCUUAUGAAUGUAAGGAAUGUGGGAAGGCCUUUGGUCAUUCCUCAAACCUCACUAUACAUAUGAGAACUCACAGUGGAGAGAGGCCUUAUGAAUGUAAGGAAUGUGGCAAAGCCUUUCAUAAGUCCUCAAACCUCACUAUACAUAUGAGAAUUCAUAGUGGAGAGAGGCCUUAUGUAUGUAACAAAUGUGGCAAAACUUUUAAUCGGUCAUCACACCUCACUACACAUAUAAGAAGUCACAGUGGAGAGAGGCCUUAUGAAUGUAAAGAAUGUGGCAGCACCUUUCAUCAUUCUUCAAGCUUCAUUAGACAUAUGAAAACUCACAGUGGAGAGAGGCCUUAUGAAUGUAAGGAAUGUGGCAAAGCUUUUUGUCAUUCCUCACACCUCACUAGACAUAAGAGAACUCACAGUGGAGAGAGGCCUUACAAAUAUAAGGAAUGUGGGAAAGCCUUUUGUCAGUCCUCGUACCUCACUACACAUAUAAGAACUCACAGUGGAGAGAAGCCUUAUGAAUGUAAGCGGUGUGGCAAAGCCUUUAGUUGGUCCUCAAACUUCAUUAAACAUAUGAGUACUCACAGUGGAGAGAGGCCUUAUGAAUGUAAGGAAUGUGGCAAAACCUUUAGUCACUCCUCAGACCUCACUACACAUAUAAGAAGUCACAGUGGAGAGAGGCCUUACAAAUGUAAGGAAUGUGGGAAGGCCUUUAGUUGGCCAUCACACCUCACUACACAUAUAAGAACUCACAGUGGAGAGAGGCCUUAUGAAUGUAAGGAAUGUGGUAAAGCCUUUAGUUGGUCCUCAAACUUCACUAAACAUGUGAGUACUCAUAGUGGAGAGAGACCUUAUGAAUGUAAGGAAUGUGGCAAAGCCUUUCAUCAUUCCUCACACCUCACUAGGCAUAUGAGAACUCACAGUGGUGAGAGGCCUUACAAAUGUAAGGAAUGUGGGAAAGCCUUUCAUCAAUUCCCAUAUCUCAUUACACAUAUAAGAAGUCACAUUGGAGAGAGGCCUUAUGAAUGUAAGGAAUGUGGCAAAGCCUUUUGUCAUUCUUCAGUCCUCGCUAGACAUAUGAGAAUUCACAGUGGAGAGAGGCGUUAUGAAUGCAAGGAAUGUGGCAAAGCCUUCCACUGGUCCUCACAUUUCACUAAACAUGUGAGAAUUCACAGUGGAGAGAGGCCUUAAGAAAGGAUUAUUUCAUUUGUAGUGCUGUAAUUUCACACAGCAAAUUUCUGAAAGUCUGUGAUUAGAGAGCAAAGUUUCUCAGUGAGUCAAAGAAGGAGUCAUUAGAGUUACUUUGUGCCUUUGGGAGAAAUAACAGCUUCAUGGUAACUGUGUAGCUGUCUUUAUUAGUGUUCAUUUCUCUAGUUUCAUGAACAACUGGGCAGAGUUUACUUUCUCAGUCCACUCUAAAUUUUACCUUCUUACAGUCUUUGAGUAUAUUACAAAUAAGGCUGCAGUGAAUAGCCCUGAGCAUAUGUUUCAUGUUUUUUAAUGUUUUUGUUGAUGUUAGUUUGCAUGCAAUAAAAGGCACUGAUCUUGUAUUUGGGUUGAGGGUUUUUGUUUUGUUUUCUUGUUUAAGGUAUUUUCCACUCUUCCCCAAUGUGAAGUUGUGUUUUACCCUUUGUAAUUAAUAAGUUUUGCAUAGGGAGAUACUUUAAACUCAUUGCUGUUGAGUCAGUUCCAACUCAUAGAAACUAUAUAGGAGAGAGUAGGACUGCCCCAUAGAAUUUCCAAGGAGGAACUGGUGGAUUUGAACUGCUGACCUCUUGGUUAACAGCCAGGCUCUUGACCACUGCACCACCAGGGCUCCAGGGAGAUAUUUUGGGACUCUGCAGAUAUUUUUCAUCUUUUGUCUACUAAUUUUAAAUCCAUCGGUAAUUAUUACCUGCAAUCAUUAUUACCGUAGUGUAUACCAAAUGGUGAUUUUCUGUUCCAAGCAUUCAUUCUGUAUUUAUUGGAAUUUUAUUGUAAGGAAUAGCUUUCCUUUUUCCCCAUUUUAUUUACUUCUUAAAAUUUUCAUAGCAGUAUAGGCUAAUGGAUAUUAGUAUUUAAUUUUUUUACUCAGAUUGUCAGAGAUUUGGUUAUUAGAAGCUGCCUUACAUAGGUUCCUGCACUACUAUUUUUUGGGGGGAGGGGGGAGCAUUAUUUUCUGGCAGUUUCCCAGAUUCGUCUUGGACUUUUCCUGCAUCAGCCCUGGAAUCAGCUUUAUGUAUGCACGCAUGGCAUAUAGGAGUAGCCCUUGGUGACCCUGUGGUGCAGCCUUGAAAUAGGGCCCAGCAUUGUUGUCACCACCCAGGAGCAAAGCAGGUUGUGGUGAGGAGAAGUGACAUUCCACUGUCUGAAUUUCGGUCCUUUUGACUCUGACCCUCUGGAACCACCCUCGCCCCCACCAAGGAAAAAUUAAAUGGGAUCCAUCUCAUCAGUGAGCACUUUUUCUAGGCUGUACUCCAGUGAGUGAGCAGCCUGCCCUCUGCAUUCACGUGUGCCGUCUUGUCAUUUCUUCUAGAAACAAGAGGCUUCAGAGUUCUAGUGCAUGUGUGAAUAGAGGAGGCCAGUACAGAGGCUUUGGCAAUGGAUGUUCAUGUGUGUAGUGGAGCUCAGGAAGGCUGGUGGGCAUUUUACUUCUGGCUCAAAAUAUGAUGAGUCCUUAAAACUUUCUUUUUUUUUUUUGGCCAAUCACUGUGUAAAUAUCCUGACACUUCACAUAACAGUACCUUGUUGUUGUGAGGUGCCAUUGAGUUGGUUCAAACAUAUAGCGACCCUUUGUACAAAAGAACAAAACAUUGCUUGGUCCUGCAACAGCCUCACAGCUGUUGCAAUGUUUGAGCCUGUUACAGCCACUGUGUCAAUCCAUGUCAUUGAGGGUCUUCUUUUCACUGAUUCUCUACUUUUCCAAGCAUGAUAUUCUUCUCCAGGGACUGAUCCCUUCUGAUAAUAUGUCCAAUUGUACAUUGUUAGGCUGUGCUUAUCAAGUAGUGAAGAACCAAACCUCUUAAAAUCUGUAUUUUUUUCUUUUUACACGUAGAUUGAGAAUUUUCAGUUUAAGCAUGUGGCUCUAAUGUUUAAUUUUAAUAUCAGUAAUACAGUUCCUAACACAUUAAGGCCCUUCUGUUUAUGGGCAGUGUUUUAGUUGUCUAGUGCUGCUGUAACGGAAAUACCAAAAAUGGAUGGCUUUAACAAAGAGAAAUUUAUUUCCUCAAAGUAAAGUCAGCUAAAAGUCCAAAUUUGGGGUGUCAGCUCCAGAUGAAGGCUUUCUCUCUCUGUUGGCUCUGGAGGAAGGUCUUUGUUCUCAGUCUUCUGGUCAAGGAACUUCUCAGGUGCAGGUACCCCAGGUCCAAAGGAUGUGCUCUGGUCCUGGCACUGCUUUCUUAGUGGUAUGAGGUCCUCAUGUCUAUCUUCUCGCUUCUGUCUUUUAUAUCUCAAGAGAUUGCUUCAAGACACAGUCCAAUCCUGUAGGCUGAGUCCUGUAUCAGUAACACAACUGCCGCCCAUCCUCCCUCAUUAACAUCAUCGAGGCAGGAUUUACAACAUGUAAAAGAAUCACACAAUACUGGGAACCAUGGCCCAGCCCAAUUGAUACACACAUUUUUGGGGGGACAUAGUCCAUGACAUUCCACCCUUUGGACCCCAAAAAAUCACAUCUUUGCAACAUGCAAAACAUGUUUACCCUAUCAUAUCAAAGCAAAAGUCUUAACUCCAAGUCCAAAACCCAAACAUUCCUCUUUAUCUGUGAAAUCUAGAACACAAGUUAUCUGCUUCCAAAGGUACAAUGGCAGAACAGGCACAAGCUAGAAAUUCCAUUACAAAUGGGAGAAACUGUAGGGAAAGAAGGGAUAACAGGCACCAACCAAGUCAGCAGAACAAAUUGCAUUAGCUCUCAAAACUUUGAAAAUAAUCCUCUGUUCUCUGAGACAAUUUACACAAUGGCCCUGCCCUUUAGACUGUAGGUAUUGGACACACUCUCCAGAUUCUGAGUGGAGGCCCCUCUGCCCUGGGCUUCACCUCUGCUUUCCAGGCCGACUGGGGCAGCAACCCUGCUCCCUCGACUUUAGGUGCGCCAUUCUCUUCCAUCUGAGUGGCAGCUCCACCCUUAGAAACACUAGAAGCCAUGGCUCCACUCUUUGAAACCCCUGAGGUCAUGGCCAUACCUUUGAAGACUGAGGCAGGUCAGCUUCUUGUGUUCCUUGUCUCUUCAGCUUCCGUUUCCUGGUUUCUUGGCCUCUUGGCUCCUCGGGCCUCACGCUUGGAUCUGCCCUGCUGGGGCAAGUGUUCCAAAGCUUAGUAGCUCCACCAAUACGUGCCCGGAGGCACUCCACUCUACAAGGAAACCUCCUGCACACAGGCACUUGGCUCUCAGGCUCCAUGGGUUGGCAAGCCUAGCUCCACUGAUAAGUGCCCGGAGGCACCCCACUCCGCCAGUAAGCUUCCUGCGCACAGACACUCAGCUCUCUUGCUCCAUGAGUCCUCUCCAGCGCCAUCUCACACUGGUUUCCUGGUUCUGUUGCUGCUGAUUCUCUGCUGUUGCUGCUUCUCUGCCACUGCAGGUUCUCUGCUGCUGUAGACCUCUGCUGCUGUUGCAGCUCUAUCCACUCAGUUUCAAAACCACUUCCACAUUUUAGUCACUCCAGUCUCUCGGUACCAAAUUCUGUUUUAGUCAUCUAGUGCUGCUAUAACAGAAAUACCACAAGUGGAUUGCUUUAAAAACAAGAAAUUUAUUUCCUCACAGUAAAGUAGGCUAAAAGUCCAAAUUCAGGGCAUCAGCUCCAGGGGAAGGCUUUCUCUCCCUGUCAGCUCUGGAGGAAGGUCUUUGUCCUCAAUCUUCCCCUGGUCAAGGAGCUUCUCAGGCACAGAGACCCCAGGUCCAAAUGACGUGCUCAGCUCCCAGCACUGCUUUCUUGGUGGUAUGAGGUCCCCGUCUCUCUGCUUGCUUCUGCGUUUUAUAUCUCGAGAUUGCCUCAGGACACAGUCCAAUCUUGUAGGUUGAGUCCUGCCUCACUAACAUAACUGCCGCCCAUCCUCCCUCAUUAACAUCAUCGAGGCAGGAUUUACAACAUACAGGAGAAUCACAACAUACUGGGAAUCAUGGCCAGCUCAAUUGAUAACACAAGUUUUUGGGGGGACAUAAUUCAGUCCAUGACAGGCAGGUAUUUUAUGAAUUGUGUAGUGAUUAAAAGCUCGACUGCAAACCAAAAGGUCGGCAGUUUGAAUCCACUAGCCACUCUUUGGAAACCCUAUGGGACAGUUCUACUCUGUCCUGUAGGAUAGCUAUGACUUGGAAUCUAUUCAAUGGCAACGGGAGUCUCUGAGAGGAGCCCUGGUGGCACAGUGAUUAAGAGCUAUGGCUACUAACCAAAAGAUGAGCAGUUCAUGUCCACCAGCUGCUCCUUGAAAAUCCUGUGGGACAGUUUUACUCUGUCCUAUAGUGUUGCUAUGAGUUGGAAUUGACUCAAAAGCAUUGGGUUCAGUUUGGUUGUUUUUUUUUUAGUCUCUGAGAGGAGCCCCAGUGGCACAGUGAUAAAGCACUCGACUGUUAAGCAGAAGAUCAUCAGUUGGAACCCACCAGCCCACUCACAGAGAAAGAUGAGGCAGCCUUGGAAAUUCCAUGGGGCGGUUCUACUCUUGUCCUAUAGGGUCUCUGUGAGUUGGAAAUGACUCCAUGGCAGCGGGUUUGGUUUUUCGGUUUUAGUCUUUGUGAGUAACCACCUGUUUGUCACUUUGUUGUACUGUGGUGGCUUGCAUGCUGCUAUGAUGCCGGAAGCUAUGCAACUAGUAUUUCAAAUACCAGCAGGGUCAUCCAGGUGAACAGGUUUCAGUGGAGCUUCCAGACUAAUAUAGACGAGGAGAAAAGGCCUGGCAGUCUACUUCUGAAAAUAAGUCUGUGAAUACCCUAUGAAUCAGGACAGGAUAUUGUCUGACACUCAGAAAUGCCAAGGGUCUUGAAGAUGGUGCAGGACUGGGCAGCUUUUCAUUGUUAUGCGCAGAGUCGCCAUGAGUCAGAGUCAGCUAACCGGUUAACAACAAAGUAGGUGAGAAGCACAGACAGAUAGAGAGGUUGAGAAUUCUCAUAGCCAUUUAUCUGCAGUUUUGAGUGACUCCAUUAAAUGAUGUUAAUGAUCCUCUUAACAUUUCUUGAAUCCUUCUGUCUCUACGCAGGUGUUUUAGUCAUGGGGAUAUCUGGAAAGGGCACAAGGAGGGAGCCAUUGAGAUAUUUUAAAUUCUUGUUUUUGGAUGCCUAAAUGCAGUAAUAAUAACAACCCCAAAGUACUUUAAAAUGGGUCCUUGCUGCCAGAGUGCAAUUUUUAGUUUUAAAUUGAGGGUUCUGAUUGUGCACAUGUAAGAAUCAGACCUCACCUGGCCUUGACAAGAUACCAUUUCUUGGCAGGUGAUUUAAAGUACUAUCAGAGAUGCUCAACUUUUUGUAUACUUGGAUUUGAUUUAAACUGGAGUCUGGAUAAAAGAAUCCCUGACCUCUGGGGUCCUCAGGUCUUUGCUUAUAGAGAGGGGAGGAGACAAGGACCCCACAGCAAUAGGGAUACCUAGUGGGUGAAAACUGAGUCUUGGAUCCUUUUUCCCUUGUGGCUUCUUAGUCUCCUUUUUGCAUGGGGACCCGUACUUUUUUCCCCUGGAGGAGACUUAUGGAGUCAGGUUCCUGCCAACCUCUUUAUUUAGCUAUACGACCAAGAGCAAGUGGCUGGAUUUGCUGUGCCUCUAUUUCUUUGUUCUUAAAAAUGAACAAAUAGGAGGUGCAGCCAAGAUGGUGGAGUAGUCAGACACUUCCUGUGGUCCCUCUUACAACAAAGGCCCCCCAAAAAAAUGUGAAUCAAUUACAUAUGACAAGCUAGAAGCCCUGAUGAGCAAAAGCAGAGUUGAGGGAUCAAACUGAGUGGCAGGGAUAGGGAGAAACAGCUCAGAAGCAGCAAAGAGUUGCCAGACCUAGCCCAGCAGGAACUGACACCCCGCAGGCCGAUUCCACUGGCACCAGCAUGGUGAGGCAAGCAGUGGCCUUCAGAACACAUUUUCCACAUCGGGAGAGAACGAGUGGCAGAGGAUCUGCUCAACCCUCCAGAAUAAGCGAGAAGCAGACCUCAGUUGGCAAAAGAUAAGUACCUGUGUGUAACCUACCUUGCAGAUCCAAAAAUACCCCCUUGGAAAAAAUGUUUCUCCCACUUACCUGCUCCCUUCCCACUCGCACUGGCUCCCACCCUGCUGCAUCCCCUGGGCUGGAAGAAGGACCCUGCGCUCGCCCUGAGCCAUCCUCCCAAUCAUAGAGAGGGAACAUAUUAACAAACAGGGAAAAAGUAAUCUGCCAGCUCCCCUAAGCUGAGAAUUUAGGGCAGAAACAGAUCCUUUGCCUAGGCACAUGCAUAAGGGGUCCACGGAUUUUGGAUGUCUUUCAUCCCUGCAUAGACUUUUGUGGGCCCGUUUCUACAGUGUAGGCCCUCAUUAGCACAGUACAACAGGUAUAUACCUGAAGUCUAACUUCAGCUGUUUCACCUACAUGGUGGAGAGGCAGGUGCAUGACAUUUGACAGUGCUGUAUCAACAGGGGCCUGAGGACUAGUGGCUCCACCCAUGACACAUAGCUACCUGUGACAGGUCCAGGAAUAGGUGGUGCCUCCCAGUCCUUACAGCUGACAGCACUGGGUACCCAUAGUCUGGCUGCAAAACCCACUCACCUAUAUACUCUAGGGAACAAGGGCAAGCUUUCCUCACAGACGGGGGGUUCACAGCCCUCUGCCUUGCUCAGCACAUGACCAGCUACUGCAGCCAGAUGCCUGUGCCUACACCAAUCACCCCUGCUUGUCCAGGACUGUAGGUGAGACCCGGCACCACACACCUGGUGAGUGACCACCUGGACACCUGAGGUGCAUCCAUACAAGAGAAGUGAACGGGCUCCUGGGCUCACAUACCUAGUAACAGCUCUAGCCACUUGGCACCAGGACAUUAGAGCUUCAAAGGUGCCAAUAAUCAAACUAGAUCACUCAAGCAGCCUAUUUGGGCAUAACAAAGCUAAAACACAGUAACCAAACAUAAAUAAAUACAAUAACUGAUUGAUGGCUCGGAGACAACAGUCAAUAUCAAAUCACAUGAAGAGACAGGCCAUGAUGGCUUUAGCAAGCACCCAAAACAAAGAAUCAAGAAAUCUUCUGGAUGAAGAUAACUUCCUGGAAUUACCAGAGGUAGAAUACAAAAGAUUAAUGUACAGAACUCUUCAAGAGAUCAGGAAGAUCAGGCAAAACCCAGAACAAGCCAAGCAGCACACAAACCAUUAGAGACACAAUGGAUAAAAAAAAAAAAACAUGAUCCAUCUCUAUGCUGCCUACAAAAGACACA